AUGUCUGAAACAACCCAAUUUUUCUGUCGCCAGCCGAAGUCUGUGGACUUGAUAGAAAACUACACUGAAGUGGAAGGUUUUCCCAAGCCCGAUGCAGAGGUGAGAUGUGCUCUCUAUAGCCCCAAUGGGCAUGUUUUCGCCUACACCCAGCCUAGUAAAGUUGUGUUGGUGAACGUGAAAGACGGCUCGCUGAGUAACGAGGUUGUGGCCGAAGUUGACGUGAAGGAGGCGUUUGACUUGCAUUUUUCACCCAACGGGAGGUAUUUGGCCAUAUGGACAAGACCCCAAUUGAUUGAUAGAGAGAGCGGUGUGUGGUCAGACAACAUUCUGAUUUUUGAUGCCGAGAGCAAAAAAAUUGUCACUAAAUGGGCGAACAAGCACCAGGGCGGGUGGCAGCCUCAGUUCACUCAGGACAGUAAGAUCAUGGCGAAAAAUUUCCACAACAAGGAGAUUCAUUUCUUUGAGGUGAGUGACAAUUUCGACAUCAAAAAGCCUUCUUACAAGUUCAAGCUUCAAGAUAGUGCUGCUACGUUUCAGAACUUCCAGAUCAGUCCAGGCAAGAACCCAGCGGUGGCCAUCUUCAUCCCAGAGAAAGGCGGCAAGCCAGCACAGGUGCUCAUUUACAACAUCCCCAGCUUUAACCAGCCGAUUUGCUCAAGAAGCUUCUUCAAGGCUGAAAAGUGCCAGUUGAAAUGGAAUGCCUUGGGCACAGCAUUGCUUGCAUUGGCCUCGACUGACCACGAUACCAGUAACAAGUCGUAUUACGGCGAGACAAACUUGUAUUUAUUGGGCAUUGCUGGCUCGUACGAGCGCAUUGACUUGAAGAGAGAGGGGCCCAUCCACGACAUUACGUGGUCUCCCUCGGCCAGAGAGUUCGCUGUCAGUUACGGCUACAUGCCUUCGGAAACGACCUUCUUCGAUGCCAGAGGUAACGCCAUUCACUCGUUGCCUACAGCCCCACGAAACACUAUCAUAUACUCUCCUCAUGGUCGUUUUGUUCUUGUCGCUGGUUUUGGUAACUUGCAAGGCACCGUGGAUGUGUAUGACCGUCAGAACAAGUUCGGCAAAGUGUGCACCUUUGAGGCCUCCAACACUUCUGUGUGCGAGUGGUCACCAUGUGGUCGCUUUGUUUUGACUGCGACCACUUCGCCAAGAUUGCGUGUGGAUAAUGGGUUAAAGGUAUGGCACGCCAGUGGCCAGUUGGUCUACUACAGAGAAUACCCUGAGUUAUUUUCCAUAACAUGGAAGCCACAGCCUCUCGAGAAGUUCCCUGGUUUGAGACAGCUAGAAUCAGCGCCCGAGCCUCAGCAGUCUGCUAAAGAUUACCUUGCCAAACGUGCUGCUUCUCGAGGUUCUGCUACUGCCAAACCUGCCGGCGCCUACAGACCACCACACGCGAGAAACUCUGGUGUUGCUGCUACGUCCACCUCCUUGUACCAGAAGGAAUUGCAGAGCAAUUUUGGUGCUGGUGGCAACGGGGGCAGGAAGACAGUUCCUGGUAUGGUUCCUGGGGUUGCUCCGCCACAGCAGAAAGAAGGCAAGAGUGCUGCAAGGAAUAGAAAGAAGAAGGAAGCCAAAAAAUCUGAGGGCAGCGCCAGCCCGGCUCCCGAGGGCAGCAAUGACAGUGUUCCAGCAGAAAGUGGUGUUGUUGGGGGAGUUGUGUCGUUGGAGGAAAAGAAAAUCAGACUGUUGUUGAAGAAAAUCAGAGCAAUUGAGACAUUGAAGAUGAAGCAGGCUCUGGGUGAACUGUUGGAGGACACGCAAGUGAGCAAGAUCAACAAGGAGGACGAAAUCCGGAAGGAGUUGGCAGAUUUGGGGUGGACCGAUUCUAGUUAG